AAGGCUCUGUGCCACUGUUUGGCUGCCUGCUUACAAAGAUUAGCCUCAGGGAAAAUAAAGCGUAAAAUUACCCUAAUAUUAAAUUCACCGCAGACGGAUUGUAGUGUUGUGUAACACCGAGUAAUGUUAGGGAAGUAAAUAAAAAGGAUCUAAGCCGCGUACUCAGUACGGUUAUGCGGUCUGAGCAGGCAGCACCCAGGCGCCCUCCAGCAUUUGUUUACUAACGGUGUGUACACAACAGUACAGAGGGGCUUUAAUUAUUUUGUUUUUUAUUCGAGAGUGUCUUUUCCCUCGUAUUUACGAGGAAACUUUAUCGCAGCUGUAAAAUGGUUCGGCUCAUGCGGUUCACCACUGCAGGCUCCACGAAGUUUUGGGCGGACUCCUGGAGGAGAGCGAGCUGUGUGUUCAGCACGAACACCGCAGCUGUUAGGAAUGUUUCUCUGCACCGAAUUAAAUUAAGAUUGGGAUCAAGUGAAACAUUGCCGUCACAUUUACGUGCCUUCUCAAGCAAACCACCUAAAGGAUUUGAGAAGUUCUUUCCAAAGAGUGCAGGCGCCCCUGGUGUUAAUAGGUCAGCUGCUGAACGCAGGGUGAAAUCAAAUCAGCCAGAGGCCCAGGGAACGAGAGGUGGAGCGAGUGGAGGAGGAAGAGGUGGAGGUGGUAAAAAGGAAGAUGACACUCGGUGGUCCCGCAUCCUUAAAGGAGACUUCCCAUGGGAUGAGAAGGACUUCCGGAAUGUCAUCAUUGCAGGAGCUGGAAUGCUGUCAGUGUUCCUUUAUUUGCACUUCAGAGACACAGGAAGAGAGAUAUCUUGGAAGGAUUUUGUUAAUUAUUACCUUGCCAAAGGGCUGGUUGAACGCCUUGAAGUGGUUAACAAACAAUAUGUAAAAGUGCUUCCUGCUCCAGGGGUGAACACAUCAGAAGUGAAUUAUGUUUGGUUCAACAUUGGCACUGUUGAUACAUUUGAAAGGAAUUUAGAGCAAGCAGAACGUGAACUGGGUUUAGAGGAUCCACAUAAACUUCCGGUGGUAUACAGCACUGAGAGUGAUGGGUCAUUCCUAAUGAACAUGCUCCCCACUGUUCUGCUGGUUGGUUUCCUGCUCUUCACUCUGAGACGAGGACCAACAGCAGGAGGGAGCGGAGGCAGGAGAGCAAACAACCCCUUAAGCAUGACUGAGUCCACAGCUAAAAUAAUCAAAAACAAGAUCAAUGUUAGGUUCAGGGAUGUUGCUGGGUGUGAGGAGGCCAAGGUGGAGGUCUUGGAGUUUGUUAACUUCUUGAAGAACCCAAAACAGUACCAGGACCUUGGAGCCAAAAUCCCAAAGGGUGCAGUGUUGUCAGGCCCACCUGGCACUGGAAAGACUCUGUUGGCAAAAGCUACUGCCGGAGAGGCUGGGGUUCCAUUCAUUACAGUUAAUGGCUCUGAGUUUCUGGAGAUGUUUGUUGGUGUUGGGGCAGCGCGGGUGAGGGACAUGUUUGCCAUGGCCAGAAAGCAUGCUCCUUGUAUUCUGUUCAUUGAUGAAAUUGAUGCCGUGGGCAAGAAGAGAAGCGGAGGGCACUUUGGUGGGCAGAGUGAGCAGGAGAACACGCUCAACCAGCUGCUGGUGGAGAUGGAUGGCUUCAACAGCAGCACUAAUGUGGUGGUGCUGGCAGCCACCAACCGUGUGGAUGUGUUAGAUCCGGCACUUUUGAGACCUGGAAGGUUUGACAGGCAGAUCUACAUAGGGCCUCCUGAUAUUAAAGGGAGGGCGUCCAUCUUUAAAGUGCACUUACGGCCACUGAAGCUGGAUUCCAGCUUGACCUCAGAUGCCUUGGCCAGAAAACUGGCAGCUCUCACACCUGGCUUCACUGGUGCUGAUAUUGCCAAUGUGUGCAACGAAGCAGCGCUCAUUGCAGCACGUCGCCUCAGUCCAGCCGUGUCCUCCAUGCACUUUGAGCAGGCCGUUGAGAGGGUGAUUGGAGGCCUGGAAAAGAAGACCCAGGUGCUGCAACCUGCUGAGAAAACCACUGUAGCAUACCAUGAGGCUGGCCAUGCUGUGGUGGGCUGGUUUCUGGAGCAUGCCGACCCACUACUAAAGGUGUCCAUCAUUCCUCGAGGAAAAGGACUAGGCUACGCUCAGUAUCUUUCUAAGGAGCAGUACUUGUUCACCCGAGAACAGCUGUUUGACCGGAUGUGUAUGAUGUUGGGAGGGCGCGUAGCAGAGCAGGUGUUUUUCGGCAGAAUCACCACAGGUGCACAGGAUGACCUUAGAAAGGUCACACAGUCUGCUUAUGCUCAGAUAGUACAGUUUGGAAUGAGUGACGUGGUGGGCCAGAUGGCAUUUGAUCUCCCUCGGCAGGGUGAGCUGGUGUCAGAGAAGCCAUACAGUGAGGCCACUGCUCAGCUCAUAGAUCAGGAAGUGCGCUCUCUCAUCAGCAAGGCCUUUGAGAGGACCCAUCAACUCAUCACAGAGAAUAGAGAACUGGUGGAGCAGGUGGGAAAACGUCUUCUGGAGAAGGAGGUUCUUGAGAAAGCUGACAUGAUGGAACUGUUAGGCCCAAGGCCCUUUGAAGAGAAAUCUACCUAUGAGGAGUUUGUGGAGGGGACUGGUAGUUUUGAAGAAGACACCAGCUUGCCAGAGGGCCUCAAAGACUGGAACCAGAGCAAGGGUGGUUCCUCACAGCAGCAGAAACACGCGGUGUACCUGUAGACUUGAGCUCAGUUCUAGCUGGGUCAGCAGAGGAAAGGAGGAUUGAGAGUUGAGAUGGAGAAGGACUCUGGCUACAGACACAUUGUUUGUAAUUUGUGAGUAAUCAUGUAGGAGGAGUGACGGGACUCCUCUAUUGACCGGACAUGUGCAAUUGUUCAUUUUCGUAUGUGUUCAUGGCAUGUUGCUUUGAUUUUUCUUGUUUAAGGGAAACUCAGAAAAGUAAAAAAUCUGUUACUGAAAGCUUUGAUUCUGGGAUGCAAUAAACCUCAAACUGUUGUCAGUUCCAUAAGGGCAGUAAACAACUUAACUCACUUUUUUAUAGAUGCAAAGAUUUGAAUAUUUAAUCUGGAAUUUAAGUGCCUUCACCGGAGAAGUAAUUAUAAACGUUGGACUAGUUUGCAUGUAACAAAUACAUUUCAGUGUUGACUCUGUUACUCUGGUGCUUGGCUCAAUGACUUUAUUGCAUUCCAGGCAGUAGGUGCUAUUUUCCCUUUGAAGUGUGGUGGCAAAUGAGACAAGUUUGAGUUGACAAAGUUGUAUUGACUGUACAUUGUAUUUUGUCCUCUGCCGGAAAGUUUAAAGCACUGUAAUGGAAUUGUCUCGUCUGUUUUGGACAUGAAAGUUAUGAUACAGCUAUAACUUGAUGAGUAUUUGUAAGUAGCAAGGUCAAUGAACUGACUGUGUAUUAUAUGAAUGCACUUUGUAAUGCUUUUAAAUGUUUCUGGUUAAAGUUGUUUAAGGUUCUGUUUCUAGUCAGGUCAUGAUCAGAGUGAAGGAAGUGCUGAUGACCUGAUGAGUUGUUGUAAAUGAUUGUAUGUGUCGUGUAUUUUUAUGGUACAUUUUAUUUUAUUCUUUUAUUUUCUGAUUAUUUCUUUUUGGUAUAUUUUGGCUAUUACUUUAUCAAGUUAGUUUAUUAGAGAAAAUGGGGCUUCUUCUCAUCUUCAUUGAAAGGGAUGCAGUAUUUUUGAGAAGCAGAGUUUUGAACGCUUUGCUUUUUCUUUUGUUGUAGAAAGAUCUGUUAUGCUGUGUUAUGCUCUGCAUACAAAUUCAGUCUUCACAGAGUGCCUACUAAGAGUGUGUCUCUAGUCCUCUAUAUACUCAAUGUGGCUCCUCCCAUUUUAGGAGGUAAAUACCGCCCUGAUCCAAUAGACUUGGAAGUAGAUCCUGGAUUUCCUGCAUGUGUCAGGUCUUUCUCUCAGGAAUCUUCAAGUAUAUCUACCUCACUGAGGCACUCUGUCUAUCUGUCUCUUUCUUUAAUCUUGGACUGACAGUUUUUACAAAUAUUCCAUUUCAUGCUGAUUUCCUCAAAUCCUCUGAUCCAGCUGCUGAAGCUUUUCCUGUUAUUUUAGGACAUUGCAAUUGUGGGAAUGUUUUAUGUCAGAAAAUCAUGUAAAAAGACACUUCUGAUGUAAGAACUGGCUUCUUAAGAUUUAACUGGACUUUGCAGGCUGUUAUGCCUUUGUGGCUUUGUGCAGGGUGUUCUACUGUCUGAAAUGUGAAAAUGCAAUGCAUUAAAACAAUGUAACUUGACUAUUAAAACAUGUAAACAUGAAGUUCA